AUGACGACCAUGUUGGUGACCACCAUGUCCAGCAUCCUGGCGGGGCCGGACAUGAUGGGGCACGACUACAUGAACAGCAGUGACCAGAACAUGACGCACCCCAACAUGUCCAUGUGCUCCGCGGACGUACCGCCCACUGCCGUGCGGGUCGCGCUCAUCCGCUUCACCAUGGCCAUGUACGCCAUGGUUUGUGUGGUGGGACUGCUGGGAAACACCUUGGUCAUUUACGUGGUGCUGCGCUUCUCCAAGAUGCAGACCGUCACCAACAUGUACAUCGUGAACCUGGCCGUGGCGGACGAGUGCUUCCUCAUCGGCAUACCGGUGCUCUUCACCACCAUGCUGCUGGAGAGAUGGCCCUUCGGCGAGAGCAUGUGCAAGGUGUACAUGACGACCACGUCCAUCAACCAGAUCACCAGCUCCAUCUUCCUGACCAUCAUGAGCGCUGACCGGUACGUGGCCGUGUGCCACCCCAUCUCCUCGCCGCGGAUACGGACGCCCUUCAUCUCCAAGGUGGUGUCGCUGACGGCGUGGACGGCGUCGGCGCUGCUCAUGGUGCCCGUGUUCAUGUACGCCAACACGAUGGUGCGCGACGAGGCCAGCAGCUGCAACAUCCUGUGGCCCGAGUCGGAGAACGUGAGCGGCCAGACGGCUUUCACGCUGUACUCGUUCAUCCUGGGCUUCGCCAUCCCCCUGGUGCUCAUCUUCGUCUUCUACAUCCUCGUGAUACGCAAGCUCAAGACGGUCGGCCCCAAGAACAAGUCCAAGGAGAAGAAGAAGACCCACCGCAAGGUAACCAAGAUGGUGCUGAUCGUCAUCACAGUGUACGUGCUGUGCUGGCUGCCGUACUGGAUCAUGCAGGUGGCGCUCAUCUUCACGCCGUCCAACCAGUGCCAGACCAGCUUCACCGUCACCGUGUUCCUCUUCACGGGCUGCCUCAGCUACUCCAACUCGGCCAUGAACCCCAUCCUGUACGCCUUCCUCAGCGACAACUUCAAGAAGAGCUUCAUGAAGGCGUGUACGUGCGCCGCGGGCAAGGACGUCAACGCCCAGCUGCAGAUGGAGAACUCAGUGUACCCGCGCGGGCGCGCGAAAGACGCCAACAAGAACAUCGGCAACGCGCUCAAGAACGCCAAGAACAACACGGCGGGCCUGCUGCACGGCCCCGACGACGAGGACGGCGAGGUGGGGCCGCUGGUGAGCCGGGCGGACCACUCCACCACGGCCAUCACCAUGACGUCGCGCUCCAACGUGAGCAGCGAGGUGACCAACUCGACCACCGUCAAGAACGGCACCCGGGCCUCCUCCCUGCAGCCCACGCAGCUCUAGGGCACUGCCCAGGGCCGCCAGCUGCUGGUCACCCACCUGUGAGUGAGAGGCUCACAGUGUAGCGACCGCCGCGGCGACCCUGCGGCCGGCCGGCCUGCCUGCCUGGCCUGCCCGUCGAGGCGACCCUGCCCUGCCCUGCCCGUCGAGAGGCUCCGCUCCGCGUCGAGGCCGGCCCCACCUCGAGGCGGACCCGGACGGACUCCGCCAACGUGCCAAUCUGUGUGCCUAUGUGUGUCUGACGUCGUGAGUGUGAGCGUGUGUGGGUGUGUGGACGCAGCGGGAUACUUUUGCGGUUAUUGCUUGGAGCCCAGAGUCCCGGCAGCUGCCCGCGCGAAUGGGUUUCACCGAACAUAAAACAUUCCGACUUUGUUUCGAAGCCGUUAGCGAGGCUACUUAGUUCUGGAACUGGACGUAUUAUUUUAUAAAUUUUACCUAAGUGAAUCCUGUGGUAGUAAGACUUGUUAAGUUGUAAUUUAUAUUAAAUCCAAAGAUAUUUUAUUGCCCUCAUUCAAAUCUUUAAAAAAUGAAUAUUUGUGUGUUUAGUGUGCUAAAGUAUGCAUACAUGUUAAGUCCUAAGUGUUUAGAGACUACGUCUUAAUUUUAGGUGUAUUGACGGUGGUCUUCGAUUUAGUGAGUGAAAGAAAAAUGACUGUUUGACCCUGUUCGUUGGAUUUCAAAUGAUGUUGUACUAAACUGACCAUAUCAAAGGUUAUGGAUGUCGAGACGCGAAGUGUUUUGUCGUGAUAGAUUUAAGAACAGCCGCUUGUCUAGGUCUCCACGUCGUCAAUUUCUUUAAUCUUGAUUUUGUGUUUGGCGUUCAUAUCAAGGUUUGAACGCACUUUUGUUAUUAACUUAUGUCUAGUCGAAGGUUUGGCCUCUUUCCUUGCGCACGUGUGCGCUGGACAUUGUUUGUCAUUAGCUAGUCUCUAGCUGCAGAGAUCGGAGUGUCCUAUGUUUUGUUAUUUCUCAUAAUUGUACCACAAUGAUUUGAUAGUCACAAGGGGUUUUAUGGGUACCCACAAUAGAAACCAAAUGGAUCCUAGUCUCAGAUGUUUGCAUGCAGUAGGAUAACAUGUUGCGUGUCGUUACGCUUAUUUAGCUGUUGCGAAUUUUGUGACAAGUCGGUGUUAUGGGCCUUUUUUGAGUAGUUCAAGACAAAUACCGUAAAGUGAAAUAAAAUGACUUAAGGUGCACGUAGCGAAAGAUUUUUUGGCAGUUGAGAGUUUUUGCCUCGCCGGUCAAAUGACCGUUCCGUGUUUUUAUUUUGACAGACCUACUCGAGUUUUGCCUUGUACUCUAGGAUGCAAUUAAUGUCAUAUCCCUUCUCUGUCUCUUGUGAAUAUCUGUCGACGAUGUGCUACUUUGUCUUUCAAAAUAAAUACUAAGCAUGACCAGAUGAA